GAAAAGUUAGUAUGUUUUUCAAAUGUAAUAUAAUUUGCCACUUAUUUAUUUAUCCUUAAAAUAGGGUAAAUACGCCAAACAUCUGGGUUAACUAAACUUCUUGUCAGGAAGGUCUUACUGGCUGUUGGCUUUGCAGGUGACGGUGCCAGAGCAGGUGUUUGGUGAGCUGCUGGCCGAGGAUGACCAGGUGAUGCAGGUCUGUGGAGAUCUGCUCCAGCAACUUCUUCUCCAUGCAGGCGGGCUCCUCCUGCUGAAAUCAGUUAAGCCUGCUGUUUGGAUUUCUGAGAAUCCUGCCCUCACAAGGAACUCUGUGGAGCCAAAGUGACCUCACAUUGGGAACUGUCACCCAGACCCUGGCAGGCUUUGCAAUUUGCAUUGCCGUGGUUUUUAGGAAGCCAGAGUCUCCAGCCUCAGUAUCUGUCUGUGCUUGCUUUACCUCCUCUGAGGAAGACCCAGUGAGGACUCAGCCCUGAGGCCUCAUUUCUUCUGCCUACAAAGUGAAACUACAUUUUACAGGCAUCAAGGAGCAAAGAAACAGUGGAAACAGCCAAGAGUACAAUUAAGAGGAAACCUGAAAUUUUCAAUAUCCCAAAGCACUUGUGGUGGUUGAUUCCGAGAACACUGAGUUCACCGAAGUUCUGUGUCGUUGUUGGACAGAGAAAGCCUUGUCUUUUAUUCUGUCUUUCUGACCUGGCAAGGAGGGAUCGUAAGUAUCUGGAGUGUGGAAGAAAGCCUCAUAGGGCAUUUUGCUUGGAUCUGUGGUUUGCCUCCUCCCCUACCUCUACCCUUGUCCCUGCAGUGAAGCAGAACCAGGAAACAUCACACCACCUGGGCGUGGCCAGACUUUGACAUUAUCGUGAAUGCCCAAGAGUCACAGCAGUCCAUUUGCAAAUAUACAUUUAACCCUGUGGUUCAACUAAGACUCUUGGGCACCCUCCUAAAGAAAGCUGUCAAAGAGGAGACAGGAUGAGAUGGGAAGAGGAGGAAAAGGAGGGAGCUAGGAUAAAAGCAAAAGGGGACUUGGAGAUGAAGGAGAAGGAGGAAGUUAGUGAGAUGGGAGAACAGUUUGGCCUCUUUGUGAGCGCCAUGCCCGCCCCAGUGCCCCACAAUCGGGGGACCCGGUUUUCUGAGGCUUGGGAGUAUUUCCACCUGGCCCCCGCUCGUGCUGGGCACCACCCCAACCAAUAUGCCACCUGCCGCCUGUGUGGCAGGCAGGUGAGUCGCGGCCCUGGGGUUAACGUGGGCACUACAGCCCUGUGGAAGCAUCUGAAAAGCAUGCACAGGGAGGAGCUGGAGAAAAGCGGCCAUGGUCAGGCAGGGCAGCGCCAAGAACCAAGACCCCAAGGGGCCCAGCUCCCCAUGGGCAUGGAGGGUGACUGGGCCAGGCUCCUGGAGCAGGUGGGGGCCUUGGCUUUAUGGGCCAGCCAAAGGGAAAAAGAGAUUCUUAGGAGGGAGCGGGCAGUGGAGUGGCGGGAGAGGGCUGUGGAAAGGAGAGAGCAAGCUCUGGAGGAGGUGGAAAGGGUCAUCCUGGAGACGAAGUGGAAGGUGAGGGCUGAGAAGGAGGCAUACCAGAGGGAAAACGACCUGCCUGCAGCAGCACAUCCCUUCCAUUAUGUUUAACUCAGGGAUCGAGGAAUCUAUUCUGAAGACACUGACUUUAGACUUAUAGCCAAGAGCCCUCCUUUCUGUUCCAGCUCAAAUAUAAAGCCGAGUACUUUAGUGGGAUUUUGUUUUUCAGAGAGAGAGUGUGCAGCAUGUGUUCAUUAUAGCCAGUCUGAAUGUUUCGGGGCAGGAUGCACCAGCCUGUCAGCACUGUUUAGUAAUAACUGGAUUUGUGCUUUGCACUUGGUUUCGGUGGAGCUGAAGGUUUCAAUGAGGGUGAAGCUGAUCAGGAAGCCAGAAUGUCCCUGUGUGAUCAGCUCACACUGUAAGCGACCCCACCACCAGAGAGCUUAGGCUUCCUGGGACAGGUGUGUUUGCACACAUACAGAUGGUGAUGGAGACCUGGAGAUAAAGCUUAUCC